AUGAUUGCAGCUCGAUCGGGUCCUACGAUCCCCACCCGGCUGGCGGGACUGUCGCAGACCUACGGCGCUCGGCACCUGUGCAGGACUUUCAGCUUAGGCCCUCUGACCCCGUCACCGGCAUCACUGGGCCCGGUGGCCGCGCUCGCUGCGAGCUCUGCGACCGCUUUGAGACACUUCCAUUGGAGCUCUUGGAGGCGUGGGCACGGGCGGGCCGGACACGCUGUCUCGCAUGUUCCACGACAAGCUGGGCGGAAGGGGGAUUCUUUGCGGGUGCAGCAGCACCGCCGCUGCUUUGAAGGCACGCUGUUUCAGUGUAGCUACAGAUCAAAAGCCUUGGGCGGUUUGGCUUCGCCUUUCAGCGUGUAUGUUCCCGAUGCUCCGCGCAUGCAGACGAGUUUGCCGUACCCAGAAGAUUGCGAAGAGUUCCCGGUGGUGUUGUAUCUCUCAGACAUGGGCUGUUCCCACCUUGAUGUCAUGCAGCAGACCACUGCCCUUGAGCACAGCUCGGCUUGCGGUCUGAUCUUUCUGGCAGCUGACACUUCUCCGAGAGGCGAUGACAUACCAGACGAUGCACAAGUUGACAUGGGCAUCGGGGCCAGCUUUUAUGUCAAUGCAACAGAGCAGCCGUGGGCUGAACACUACAGGAUGCAAGACUACCUGCAGGAGUUGCUGGGCAUUGUGCACCAGAACUUCCCAACCUGUGGCCCUGAUGAGGUUUCUUUGAUGGGACACUCGAUGGGGGGUAUGGGUGCCCUGGCCACUGCCAUCCGUAUGCCUGACGCAUUCCGUUCUGUGUCGGUGCUGGCGCCCAUUGCCCAUCCGACAGCCAUCCCCGAGGUCGUUGAGGAUGCUGAGGGUGGACUGCACCUUCCGAAUGUGCGCCGCACGCUCUCGGCUUACCUUGGCAAGCAGCAGGCCUGGAGCAAGUACGACCCCACCCAACUCAUCAAGGACUGCAGCGCAGAGGAUGUCUCGCACCUGCCGCCUCUUUUCGUGGAUGUGGGGUCUGAGACUAUGCAGUCUCCAUUGUGUGAAGUGUACAGGCCGCUUGACUUUGUGAGCGCUUGCAAUAUGCGAGGCAUCCCUGUCGAACUCCGGGUGCGAGCAGGAUUCGAUCACGGCUACUUCUUCGUGACCUCUGUGAUGGAAGAGCAUCUGGACUUCCACUCAAAGCAUCUCGAUGACGGCCACCAGGAUGAAAGCAUCGCAGCCAAGACCCUUGGCGAGAAGCUGACACUAACAGGGCCCCCAGUGGAGACCCUCAAGUCCGUUCUUGGGGCUGCGCUGGAGAAGGCCGUCAGUCAGGAUGAAGCAGCUGGCAGCCUGUCCUUCAAAAGGAGCACUGCCCGGGAGCAGGAGGACGUGGGAGGCACGAAGACAGUUGCAGCCAGUGCCAAAGCGAAGGCUGUGCCAGACGAGACGAUCAAGGAUCUGGGUGCCAGCCUGUCCGCAACUGUGGCCAGCGCGGUACCAGAGCCCGAGGACCUGGGCGUCACCCAGCCUACGAGCGCGGCGAGCACGGCAGGUCCUGCGAAGGCGAAGGGCGCAAGCUCAACUGGACCUCCGCCGGUGGAUCUGAAGGCUGAUUCGCCCCUGCCGAAGCCAAAGGAGCCAGGGGCAGAUCCUGCUGGGCCUGGUGACGUACAGGCGCCACCUACGCCUGCCAAGCCGCAGGAGGCGGGCGGUGCAAAAUCGGGACCUGCUGAUGCCAAGGCGGGGCCACUCUUCCUGAAGCCAAAGGCGACAGGUACUGGCACCACCGCCCCUCCUGACGCAAAGGUGCCGCCUGUGCCUCCGAAGCUACAGGACGCGAGCGCUGCCAAAGCGCCCAUCGCGGAUGCGAAGGGCAUGCCCCUGCCGCCCCUGCCAAAGCCGAAGGAGCCUGCAGCAGUACCAGAGCCGCAGGCUGCCCCGGACGAGACGAUCAAGGAUCUGGGUGCCAGCCUGUCAGCAACUGCAGCCAGCGCGGUACCAGAGCCCGAGGUUGCUCCUGGUGAGACGAUGAAGGACCUGGGCGUCACCCAGCCUACGAGCGCGGCGAGCACGGCAGGUCCUGCGAAGGCGAAGGGCGCAAGCUCAACUGGACCUCCGCCGGUGGAUCUGAAGGCUGAUUCGCCCCUGCCGAAGCCAAAGGAGCCAGGGGCAGAUCCUGCUGGGCCUGGUGACGUACAGGAGGCGGGCGGUGCAAAAUCGGGACCUGCUGAUGCCAAGGCGGGGCCACUCUUCCUGAAGCCAAAGGCGACAGGUACUGGCACCACCGCCCCUCCUGACGCAAAGGUGCCGCCUGUGCCUCCGAAGCUACAGGACGCGAGCGCUGCCAAAGCGCCCAUCGCGGAUGCGAAGGGCAUGCCCCUGCCGCCCCUGCCAAAGCCGAAGGAGCCUGCAGCAGUACCAGAGCCGCAGGCUGCCCCGGACGAGACGAUCAAGGAUCUGGGUGCCAGCCUGUCAGCAACUGCAGCCAGCGCGGUACCAGAGCCCGAGGUUGCCCCUGGUGAGACGAUGAAGGACCUGGGCGUCACCCAGCCUACGAGCGCGGCGAGCACGGCAGGUCCUGCGAAGGCGAAGGGCGCAAGCUCAACUGGACCUCCGCCGGUGGAUCUGAAGGCUGAUUCGCCCCUGCCGAAGCCAAAGGAGCCAGGGGCAGAUCCUGCUGGGCCUGGUGACGUACAGGAGGCGGGCGGUGCAAAAUCGGGACCUGCUGAUGCCAAGGCGGGGCCACUCUUCCUGAAGCCAAAGGCGACAGGUACUGGCACCACCGCCCCUCCUGACGCAAAGGUGCCGCCUGUGCCUCCGAAGCUACAGGACGCGAGCGCUGCCAAAGCGCCCAUCGCGGAUGCGAAGGGCAUGCCCCUGCCGCCCCUGCCAAAGCCGAAGGAGCCUGCAGCAGUACCAGAGCCGCAGGCUGCCCCGGACGAGACGAUCAAGGAUCUGGGUGCCAGCCUGUCAGCAACUGCAGCCAGCGCGGUACCAGAGCCCGAGGUUGCUCCUGGUGAGACGAUGAAGGACCUGGGCGUCACCCAGCCUACGAGCGCGGCAGGCGCGGCAGGUCCUGCGAAGGCGAAGGUUCUACCGCCUCCGCCUCCGAAGGCGCAGGAUGGCGGCGCGCAACCAUCACCAACUGAUGGGAAGGCUUCUCCGCCCUUGCCAAAGCCAAAGGAGCCAAGUGCCAGCUCCACUGCCCCUGCUGAUGCGAAGGCGCCGCCUCCGCCCCCGAAGCCGCAGGAUGCGAGCAGUGCAAAAUCGGCGCCGGGCGGCAAGGAACCACCUAGCAGCGCCGCCCCUGACGCGAAGGUUCUACCGCCUCCGCCUCCGAAGGCGCAGGAUGGCGGCGCACAACCGUCACCAACUGAUGGGAAGGCUUCUCCGCCCUUGCCAAAGCCAAAGGAGCCAAGUGCCAGCUCCACUGCCCCUGCUGAUGCGAAGGCGCCGCCUCCGCCCCCGAAGCCGCAGGAUGCGAGCAGUGCAACAUCGGCGCCAGCCGACGGCAAGGCCAGCCCGCCUCCGCCUCCAAAGCCGGCAUGA